UGGAAACUGUGGGGGAUGUGUAUAAAUAAGAAACGAUGCGCACAGUUUGGUAUAGAAGGUUCAAGUUUGUGUUAGAAUCUAACCUGAUCUAAAACGUGAAAAUGAAGCUUUCGGGAGUGGUCAUCGUCGUUCUUGCUGUUAAUCUCUUUGAGUUUGGAGACGCGCAAAUUGGCGGAUGGACUUCACCAGCCGGAAUAACCGGUGCCAGUGGGGUUGCGACGGACGUAACCAAAGCUGAAGAUGUAGCGGUUGGUGACGAAAUAGUGAAAUUUACGGCAAAUCCAAGUACCAGUCAAUCCAUCUCCAGUUACGAAUUAUUGACCGCGGACACGCCUUUCGCUAUAUCAUCGACUAAUGGCAGUUUGACGCUUUCUUCAUCGCUAGAUUAUGAAAGUACACCUAGUUAUGUUAUUCAAGUAAAAGCGACUGACAGUGCGUCACAAGUCGGGACCGCCACACUGACCAUUACAGUAACGGAUGUUAACGAAGCGCCAGUAUUUGGAGAAACGUCCUACACUGUUUGCGUAGCGGAUGGUUCAGCUGCAGAUACUUCUGUCACAACAUUCUCAGCAACAGAUCAAGAUUCAGGCGAUGUGAUCACCUACACGAUCAAUUCUGGAGACACAAACAGCGACUUCAAAAUUUCGACAGCAGAUCUUCAGGUCAAUACUGGGAAAACCCUUGAUAUGGCUACAACAGCGACGUAUACACUUGUCAUACAUGCCACUGAUGAUGGCAGUCCGGCACAGUCCGGAUCAGCUACUUACACUGUCAACGUUCAGACGUCAUGCAACGGGGCGGCAGCUUUGACCGUGACAUUUAUGACACUUUUACUGGCACUCAUAGUCUCUUUAAACUAAUUCUCUAAAGCUUAAUCUAAAUCUUCAAGCAUGCAUGUUACAUAUCUUGAAUUCAUUUAUGAAUAAUAUUUACAUAUCCUUAAAGAAAAUAGUUUUACAAAAUUUGACAAAAACUUUUAUAGCAGCUUGCACGUUCAUUAGAGGUUCUUUAUUUCUCUCUAUUUUACUACUUCAAUCUAUAAAAAAUGGAUUAUCAAAUUCAAAUCUAUGAUUGGCUAUACAUGUUAACCUAACAAGGUAAAGAAAUGUACAAUGUAUUUCUCUGACAUUUUCUGCUCUCAUAAUACAGUUUUUUUUAACUAUUUUUUAUAUAUAUAGACUAGAAAAUUAGUAGUAUAGUACUUAAGGUGAGAUGACUCCCUCAGGAUGUUGAAGUAGAUGACUAUAACAGGUAUGAGGAAACUGUAAAGAGUUUGUGAGCAUUUCGUGGCAGCAUCCAAUAAUAACGAGCUAUGACAGCUUCCCCAAUGGUUAGAAACUUUACAACAGUUACUGACAAAAUAAUCAUAACUAUAAUACGCUGUUUUAUUAACAAUAUUGAAUAAAUAUGUUUUUAUUGUCAGAACGCUACAUGCAUUCCUGAAAUAUGACGUUAAAUACCACCUGGUUUGUCCGCACUGCCACUGACAAAAAGAAACAUUUGAGAGAAGAAAGGAACCAUUAAAAUUGAUUUAAACUAUGAUAGAGAGGUCAUUAAUUAAAGUAUUUUAUUUGAACGAUAAGCCAAAGUGUAGUGUGACUGUUUUUUAUUGCAUCCAGAGGGUCUACUCCUUUUCGUUCUUCAUGUGUGGUGUGUGUAUCUUUUAUUUAUUUUAUUGUUUAGUGAAAUGAUAUCAGUGAUGAGGUACAACCCGUAUCGAUGUUUGAUUCAUUUUACUCUUUUUUUU